CGCCUCUUCCGGGAUAAAAUCUGUUUUUACGGUAUAUUUUGAAUUUUCAUCUCAAAAAACAAAAAUAUAAAAUAUCCUUUCAGAUGACUUACUAUUAGACAUUAGCACAGUUAUGCAACAAAUAAUAACAUUAAAAAAUGAAUAUUAACCAGUCAUAUUGUAUAUAAAAAACGCUGCAAAUUAUUUCACAAUGGUUUAUUAUUUUUUAAUAACAAUUAUACAUCUAAAGUAACAUUACCUUCCUAGUUAAAAGUAAACAAAAAUAAAAGGUGAUUCCGCUUAAUGGACUAAACUUUCUUUUUAAUCAUUAGUAAUAUGCUAAAACAAUUAGCAUUACCUAAGUAACACAUUCAAAAUUCAAAAACCAAAACAAAAGAUAUAACCUUUGAAGCUGAACAUAUUAAAAAAAAAAGCUAGAGACCAUAUCUUUCCUCCUAAUUGUCCGAUUUUAACGAAUUUUUUAGGAAACUCUGUAAACUUUAAAAGAACUUUUUCGUUGAAUUAUGUUAUAUAGAUAAAUUCAAAGGGUGUCGAGAAAAUGACUUUAGCAAACUUUCAUUGAAAUCGGUACAUUCGUUUAGGCGCUGCAGUCUAUAGCAACGCAGGUUUUUCUGCAUUUUUAUUUUUUCACCUUUAUUAACUUAUCAAAUUCUUUCAAAAGUUAUAUUUAGCAUUUUUUCAUAACUCUGAAUAAUGUGAAAUGAUUAAAUUUUUAAUAUAAACAUAUUAAAGGUAAUUUAGAGGGAGACGUACAUGAACAUUGGGCAUUUAAGCCAUGUAAAGUGACAUCAAUGAGGAUAGGACCUAAUUGGUAUUAAAGAUCACUUCUUUAUACAUUGAUACACCUAGUUUAAUCAAAAUCGUUAAAGCCGUUUUUGAGAAAAUUAUAAAAAUGUGUUUCAGCGUUGAUAUAAAGUAGCACUUCCGGUGAGCCGAUUUUGAAGAAAAAUUUGCUGUCACAUCUAAGGCAUAUACCUAUCUUAAAUACGUAAUAUCAGUUUCGUACGACUUUUCGUUUUUGAGCUAGACUGCUAACAUACCAACACUCAGACACACAGACCAUUUUUCGGGACUUGGUCCUUUCGACUCAGGGUACCUCAAAACGUGUAUUUCCGUUGAAAACUCAGAUUCAAAAAUUUUCUCGAUCGCAAUACUUACCCUUACUAUGUAUUACAUAUAUACGUAAGUAAAAGUAAAAAGGUUAUAUACGAGGCAAUGGCUUAUCUAGACAAUUUGGAGCUCUAUCGGAAUUGUUUUUGAAACCCCUUAAAAAAUUAAAUAAAUAAAGCAAUUGUUUCUAAUUACCGACUGAGUAAUUAAUAAAUUGAAAAUAAUUAUUUCAGAUACUCCCAAAUAUAAAUCAAGUAAAUAAAUAAUAUAUGAAUAUUCUUCAAUGAUUUAUGCUUAGUCUCGUUGAUAUUGAUGCUAAUAUUAGACCUUAUAGAUCUAGUGAGAGGAUUUACAUUAAAAUAUGAAUAGAACCGAUAGCCUUUUUGUGACGGUUGAACUAUUUAAAGUUGGAUUUAGACAUUUCAGAAACAAAUAUUUAUAUAAUUGUAUUGUUACAAUAUAAUAAUGAGCGAACCAUUUUAGACAUUUAUAUUCAUCUACUUAUAAUUUAGUAAUCACAUUUCGUAACUAGGCAAACUUUUUCGUUCCCGGUUACCAUGAGAACAACGGAGAUUUAAGGUAUGCCUUUGUAAACACCACUACAAAAAAGUUUAUUGUUAGAAAAACAACCCUAACCCCUCAAUAUAGUUUUCAAUAGGAUCUGAUACGCAAAAGAAAUGGAAGCCAUACGAGAGGCGAAAAUUAAGAAUGCCUCCAAUCGUUUGCGAAAACUAAAGAAACCGCCUGAAGAAUUCAAGAUCAGUGAAGAUCAUGAAGAGAAACUGACUGAACUUUUCCGUCUAUUUGAAGUGGAUGUGGAGCAUGGUAUUGGUGAAGGAAGAAUUUCAUCAAAACACAUAAAGCUAAUAUUGAGAUCAAUGUACAUGGAACCAAGCCCAGAGGAAUUAAAAGAAUUAAUAAAGGAAAUCAAUCCAGAAAAUCCUAGUUAUAUAUCACUUCCUGAUUUAGGAAGAAUUAUUCAGAUUAAAAUGAAAGAUAAGAGCUCAAAAAUCGAACUUGAAAGGGCUUUCCAACUUAUGGAUAAGGAAGAAAAAGGUUUUAUAUCUAUUGAUGAUCUUAGAAGGGUAGCUAAAGAUAUCGGUGAAGUUAUAUCAGAAGAAGAAAUGCAGGAAAUGAUUGAUGAAGCUGAUAGCAGUAAUACUGGUCAUGUUUCUAAAGAAGAUUUCUUAAAUUUUAUGAACAAAGUUCAAGAUAAUGGCGUAUAGUAAUAACAUUUCAUUUAAAUUUUGAUGUAAUCAAAUAUGUACUCCAUUGCUAGGAGUUGGUAAAAGAAUGGAACUUAAUCUUGGAUGUUUAAUAUUCUUGAAAAAUUAUAAUACAAUUGAAAUAUUAAUUUCUUUUGUAAUUCGAUUUCUCUAUAUUUUAUUAAAGUAGUGUUGAAAUAAAAUGAAUAUUCAGUGUUUCAUUAUUUUUAAGAGCUUUAUUCUUAAGAUCAUAUUUAAAAUAUUUUAAUUGAAUUUUAAAUGUUUAGUAGAAAUAUAAAUUUAUUAAUAAUUCA